GACAACUGCUCGGCCUCCAGUAUCUCCUCUGCCAGCAGUACCCUGGAAAGAGAGGAGAGGGGGAGCAAUGUGAACGGUCCGUGGACCCAGAGUGUUAAGGAGGUGGAUGUGAAUGAACAGUGCAGCAAAAUCCUCAACAGCAAACGGUUCAUGCUAGACAUGCUUUACUCCCAGAACAAGGAGCCCUGCGAGGAGGAGGAGGAGGAGGAGAGGGGGAAGGAAAAAGGAGUAGGUGAAAAGGUCAACCAGGAAGCCGUCCAACCGUCUGACGAGGGAGAGGAGAGCACCCGGAAAACCGACUUCCCGGAAAAAAAGGAAUCUCACUCGAACGUCAGAGUGUUCGCUGAACGUUUCGGGGAUCUAGUAAAAGGACUGGGCUCGCCUCCCACCCCCCUCAAUAGCCCCUCUCAUGAGGCCGCCGUUGUAGAACAAGAGAAGCCCCCUCCACCUCCCCCUAAGAAGGAGUCAGAUACCAUCUGGGACCAACUCCUGGCCAGUCCUAGGGAGCUGCGCAUCGGAGACAUCGACUUCACAGACCUGAAAGAGGAAGACGAUGAAGACAUUCUGGAUGCCGGUCUGAUGGGGGGUUCAGACUCCCUGUGUCCCCCUCCUCCCCCACCCCCUAACCCUUACCUCCCAUCCUGCCCCCCACCCCUGUUGGGUUGUCCACCACCACCCCCAAUGCCAGGGAUGAGAAGCAUGCCUCCUCCUCCCCCCUUCUGCUCCGCGGCCCCUGCCCCUCCUUCAGAACCAGUCCAGAAGAGUAAGAAGACGAUCCGGUUGUUCUGGAGUGAGGUGCGUCCGUCAGACUACCAGUACAUUAGCAGCAGGAGCAGUGGAGACUCUCUGUGGUUCAAACUAGAGCCGGUCAAGAUAGACACGUCCAAACUAGAACAGCUCUUCCAGACCAAGUCCAAGGAGAUACCUGUCACCAAGAAAACGGCAGCGGACGGUAAACGCCAGGAGAUCAUCGUUCUGGACUCCAAGAGGAGUAACGCCAUCAACAUCGGACUGACCGUCCUGCCUCCUCCUCGCACCAUCAAGACCGCCAUUCUCAACUUUGAUGAGUACGCACUCAACAAGGAGGGCAUCGAGAAAAUCUUGACGAUGAUCCCUUCGGAGGAGGAGAAGCAGAAGAUACAGGAAGCUCAGCUGGCCAAUCCGGACGUCCCCCUGGGAUCAGCAGAACAGUUCCUCCUCACCCUGUCCUCCAUCAGCGAACUGUCAGCCAGACUACAGCUCUGGGCCUUCAAGAUGGACUACGAGGCUACAGAGAAGGAAGUGGCAGAGCCGCUGCAGGAUGUGAAGGAAGGGAUGGAGCAGCUGGAGAAGAACAAGACUCUGCGCUACAUCCUGUCUACGCUGCUUGCUAUAGGAAACUUCCUCAACGGCACCAAUGCCAAAGGCUUUGAGUUGAGUUACCUGGAGAAGGUUCCUGAGGUGAAGGACACGGUUCAUAAACAGUCUCUGCUGCACCAUGCCUGUUCCAUCGUGGUAGACCACUACCCUCAGAGUACUGACCUUUACUCUGAGAUAGGAGCUAUCACACGCUCUGCCAAGGUGGACUUUGACCAGCUGCAGGACAACCUGACCAUGAUGGAGCGUCGUUGCAAAGCAUCCUGGGACCAUCUGAAGGUGAUGGCCAAGCAUGAGAUGAAGCCCACGCUGAAACAGAAGAUGUCUGACUUCCUGAAGGACUGUGCUGAGAGAAUCAUUAUCCUGAAGAUAGUGCACCGCAGGAUUAUCAACAGGUUCCAUGCGUUCCUGCUGUACCUGGGCCACCCAGCCUACGGUGUGAGGGAGAUCAGUGUCCAUCGGUUCAGUAAGAUCCUCAGUGAGUUUGCUCUGGAGUACCGGACCACACGCGACCGCGUCCUGCAACAGAAACAGAAACGAGCCGACCACCGCGAACGCAACAAGACCCGCGGGAAGAUGAUCAUGGACGUCAACGCACCCUCUGAUGAAGAAGAGGAAAUGGAGUCUGCAGGGCAGAAUGUUAGUGCCCCCGGUGGCGGGGUGGAGAGCUUGCAGCCUCAGGGUUUGGGCCAUGCUGAGGAUGCUGGCAGAGCAUGAAUUCAUGAAGGCAGUACUGAAGACCA